CGGAAAUCAAAAUAUGAAUUGUGGGCAACGCGGACUUUUCAAAAAUAAACAAGUAUGGAGAUGUCACAAAAAAAGGAUAUAAUGAUGAUGCUGGAAUCAGAACGCCUAAAAUCUUUUCAAAGAUGGCCUUUCUCCGAAGAGUGUAGAUGCACACCGGAAAAGUUAGCUAAAGCUGGGUUUUACAGUUGUGCAACAGAAAAUGAACCAGAUGCUGUACAGUGUUUUAUGUGUUUUAAAGAAUUAGAUGGAUGGGAACCAGAUGAUGAUCCAUGGCAAGAACAUAAGAACCAUUCACCGUCCUGUCCUUUCCUACAACUGACACAACCUUUAGAGAGUAUGACAUGUGAACAAGUGUUAAAGCUAGAGAUGACUAGAAAUAAAAAUAAAUCUAAAAAGAUACUUGAUAAAACAUUACAUGAAUUCAUGGACACUGUAUCAGGGGUCCGUGAGGAGAUGAAAAAGUUAGCGGGAUAAAAAUUUGAGAUUGAAGAAUUGACGAUCUGAUUUGUUGUUUGUCUUGUUUAUAGUAAACAUGGUAAAUGUGGAAGAAUGUCAGGUUUUGGGAUGCUGAGCAGUGAUUGACUUUGUUUAUAUGAAAGAAGAAAAUUUUAAUGACUUUUUUGUAUUUUAAUGGGCAGUUUGUGAAUUGAGUCAUUCAAGUUAAGUCCAAGGUUGCUCUAUCUUUGGUCAACAUUUUCAGAUCUUGCUUAGGCUGUAGGAUAUAAGAGGUAAAUGCAUAGACAUUGUUUGCUGGCCAAGACAAUUUAGAUAAGGAAACAGCUUAAAAAACAGUUUUUUAAUUCAAUUUUAGUAAUAUUCCUAAGAGAAAACAAACUUAGGAUAAAGAGAGAAACCUGCACAAUAAUAAAAGUAAUCAGUUGUAGCUCUUCGACCUACAUAAUAAUUUUAUUCAUCAAAUAUUGCUGGUUACAUAAACCAUCAAGAUUCCAAGCUUCUCUUGACCUACCCUGUUACAAUCCACUGACUACCCAGGGAAUAAUCAGCUGAUUAAAUUAAUUGACAUACAUUUUUUACAAAACUCUAUAUUAACAAUUUAAAAAUAUUAUUCAUUGACUAUGUGUCUUUUUAUUGAAAGUAACAUUGGACUUAUUGCCUUAGGUCCAUUAAAAUUGGUAUCUACUCUCUUGGUGUAUUCAUUAAUAAAAAUUCUGAAUACGUCUAUGUUUUUUGUUUUCUGUUCAGAUACAUAGUACGACUUGUAUAUUGAAAAACUAAUAAUUGUAAUCAAAAAAUUUAUUGGGUAAUACUUGCUGUCUGUAAUUUUGUAUCCAAAUAUUAUGUGUUGUAAUUUUAUUGAAAAAUGUAAAUUACUCUUUUUUAAGAGUUCGUUUAAUUGUUGCCAAUAUCUUGUUAAAUAAGAGCAAUUAAAAAAAUAAUGAGCCUAGUCUUCUUCUAAGUUACAAAAAUUGCAAAGACUGUUAUUAGUUAUUUUCAAUUGUAAUAAAUGCUUUUUUGUUGGUACAAUAAACUGUAGUAGUUUC